CACAAGUUAACAUCAUUAUAUCAAGAAUAAAUGUCAAAAAAUAAAAAUUUUGUCAAACAAAAUUUUUAAAAAUUAGGAAAUAAGGAAAUUUAAAUAAUUACCAAGAUUAUGGACGAUUCCUUCUUUAAUAAAAAAGAUGCGGCCACAGAAACUGCAGAAUUUCAAAUGGUUACCUCUUCCUCCUCAUCAUCGACAUCAUCAACGGAAGUGGAAAAUCCCUCAAAAAGUUCUUCAACUUUGGCUUACAACUCAUCUUCUUCGACAUUAACAGAAAUGGAUAAAAAACGAAAGAAAUCAAAUUUUAAACAAACAACUAAAACUGUUUUAGAUGCUGCAAAACACAGUCCUGUUAAUACGGAAUAUCCUUCAAAAGCUGAUUAUGUGUCCAGUAGUAGUUCUAGUUCUGCAAGAAGUUUGAAAAAUUCGCCUUUUCCAAUUACAAAACAUAAAGAAACUUUAACUUCCAUCGACAAACUUGCUAGAGAUUCUAGCUAUUACAGCGUUACUAGCUUUUCAACUUUAACUGAAUUUAAGGCAACAACAACCAAGAGGGAAAACAAUAGAAUUCAAACAAGUUUAGCUCUAGACUCUUCUACCACCUCAUCCUUAACUUCCACAGUAACUCUUACACCAAAAACAUCAGCUAAGGAGGACGAAAUAACGGAAAGCAUAACAAAAGAAUCAUUAGAAAGGGAUUUAAUUUUGGAUGCAAAACAAACAAAAGAAACUGUGUCAGAACAGCCAGUUAAAAGAACUUUAUUUGUGGAAGAUUCUGAAUCCUCAGCUUCGUUAAAGGUUGAUACUUUAGGAGAGCAUAGAGAAACACCUCCGAGAUUUGUUGAAAAAGAUACCGAACCGGAACACUUUUUAAAAUCCAGCAAAUCGAGGCAUGUUAGAAAAGUAACAAGUUCACAAGAAGAUUCUUCGGCAAAGGUUGAUACUUUAGGAGAGCAUAAAGAAACACCUUUGAGAUUUGUGGAAAAAGAUAAGGAGCCUGAACCCUUUUUAAAAUCCAGCAAAUCGAGGCAUGUUAAAAAAGUAACAAGUUCAGAAGAAAGCGAAAAAGAGAGUCCAGCCUUUCUCAAAUCCAGCAAAUCUCAACAUGUUAAAGGCGCUCCCACAUAUGACGACGACGAUGAUGACUCGAGAGAAAGUACUAAUUUGCAAAUAGGACAUGUUUUCGUUUACAUGGUUAUACCGCCAGAUGGUGGUUAUGGUUGGCUUAUAACUUUUAUAUCAUUUUUAUGUCAAGUAAUAGUUGAUGGCAUUAUUUUCUCUAUUGGAAUUGUAUUACCACAUAUUGCCAAAGAUUUGAAUAUACCCGGUGCUAAUGUGGUUUUGGUGGCUUCCAUGCAAAUUGGCUUCUACUUUUUGUCCGGCACUGUUUCAAGUGCUUUUAUUAACAAAUUUGGGUUCCGCCCGGUAGCCUUGACUGGUUGUCUAAUGUCCAUAACGGUCCUAACCAUAGCCACCUUUAGUGUCAACCUACCCAUGAUGAUAUUAUUCUACAGUAUUUUGGGUGGCCCUAGUCUUAGCAUGAUUUGGGUUUCUUCUCAGCUUAUUAUUGGUUACUAUUUCGAUAAAUAUCGUCCCAUAGCAAAUGGUGCCUCCUGUUCAGGGGCUGGUGCUGGUAUUAUGAUAUUUUGUUAUAUGAAUAGUGUUUUGAUACCAGAAUUGGGUUGGCGUAAUUUAAUGAGAGUACAUGUGGGAUUUUUGAUAGUAGUUUUACUUAUGGUGUUGACCUUCAUUGAAGUGGCUCCCACCAGAAUAGGCAAAGUAAAAGAGCCUUUAGCUGAAGACACUGAAUCCGAAUCAUUUGACCUGCUUACAGGACUUACACAAUAUUCUAGAUAUUCCAUAAAAGUUGAUGAACAAGAAUAUUCUUUGGAUGAAAAUUUUGAAAAUAUGUUGGAAAAAACUGAGGAACCCAAAGACAAAAAAUCUCCUGGUUGCUGUCAUUAUUGCCUGCAGAAAUGUUGCCCCUCUCUGCAACAUUGGUGGGAGAGGCGUCGCGAGGAAAAAGCCAAAGAGGAGGCCACCAAACGUUAUGUGAUUAAACAAGAUCUUAUCGAAAGACAAGAUCUCUUCUAUAUGGGUCCCACGGACCACAAAAAGGAACAACAAAAAGUAGAAGAAAUAUUGCAAAAACGUUUAUCUAAACGUGCCAGUAUUGGUGGUGAUCAAGGAGAUGAUAGAUUUACUAUAACUCUAGAGGAUUUUGAUAAUAAACAUAAAAGACUAACUGUGAUUAGUACUAUGAAUACCAAGCAACAGAAAAUGAAGGAAUAUCGGUCCUAUAAGGAAUUGAAGGAAAAAGAAAAAUAUCCCUUAUGGACAUUUUUGUCUCCCAAGAACUUGAUUCAUCCAAAGAUACGUAAGGCAUUUAGUUUGCUUUUCGAUUUUCGUUUAUUGGCGAUUAUGGAAUUUCGAGUAUUAUUGCUGUCGGCAUUUCUGUUUCCCAUGGGUUUUAAUAUACCGUUUGUAUAUUCAACAGUGCGUGUACAAAUUGAUGCAUCUUUUGCCAAGCUAAUUUCACCCACCAUUGGUUUUUCAAAUUUUGCUUUUCGUAUUGCAUCUGGUUUUGUUGCAUUCAAAUUUCGUGAAUAUACAACUUACAUUUGUGGUGGUGGCAUGGUUUUUGGUGGCGUUGCUGUUCUCAUAAGUGCCUUCUAUGGCCUCGAUGUGGUUUGGUUUCAAUUUCUGUAUGCCAUGUGCUAUGGCAUAGCUCCAGCCUUCUAUUCUACUUUGCGUGCCAUUAUCUAUGUACGUUCAUUGGGUCUGGAUAAACUAACAAACGCCUUCGGUUUAACGGCUUUGGCCAUGGGUAUGGGUGUCUUUAUUGGUACAACAGCUGGUGGCAUCUUAAAUGAUUUCACCGGCAGUUACACUGCCUCAUUUGUGUUUGCUGGAAUUUGUAUUUGUUUAUCGGGUGCCUUGAAAUUGAUAUUGCCCUAUUUAAUUAAACUCUCAAAAGAUAAAGAAAGAAAGUGAAAAGAGAAUAAAAUAAAAACAAAUGAAAUUAAAACGAAUAAAAAUGAGGUAAUAAAAUGAAAUA